UGGCGCGAGUAAUGCUGUUUUUCUGAGGCAUUUUGUCGUUUGGCAUUUCCGAUUUCCGACUUUAGAACUAUUUCCGAUUUCCGACAUUUCCGAUUUACGUCACAUUCGUUAUUUCUGACCCACCUCUGAUCGCAUGGAAUCCGCUGAGUAUUAAUUUUUCUUAAUCCGCCGAAUCUGAUACCCUCAAAGUUCGAAAAAUUACCAUUAAAGAUCACAAACCUCCAUUGGACUCAUAAAUUGGACCUGAGCCAAAAAUUCUAACAAUUUUAUAAAGUUCGCAUUAGUAAUUAGUAUUUUUGUAUUAUUUUUUAUAAAGUCAAAAUUAAGUUUUGACUUUAUAAACUAAUAACGUUUUAUACUCGAAUUUCGAUUUUAUUCACUAAUUUUGUUAUCUUAUUUAAUUUUAGUGUUUUAUUGACUAAAAUCCACAACUCUUUAUUCUAAAAAAUAGGAAAAUGCGUUUGCGUUUUCCUACAAUUUUGUUUCUAAUUUUUUUGUUGACCACGGUUUAUGGAAUGGAAAAACAAAAAAAGAGUAGAUUUGGUCGUUCAAGAAAAUUAAAACGUGAUGAACCCAAACAAAUGUCUCUUGGAACAACCGAUUCUGGCGACACAAUCAUUCGGAAUACUCUGAAUAAAGGAGUAGAAACGCUUACAAAAGGAGUUAAAAAUUUACUUGGAGGAAAAAAGAAGGAGAAGGAAACCACAAAUAAAGUUUUUCAGAGAAAUUUGAGUGAAUUGGUUCCGUAUAGAGAAGGUAGAUGA